UUUUUCGCCCGCCCCAGUAUAACACUUUUCUCUAGUUUUGGGCACAAGCCCAAACUAGACAUUCGUCUAGAUUCUUAGAAAUUGGUGGAGGCACGCAUCUACCCAGUCGUGCAAGCAACUCUAUUGCCUCACGAUCUGCAAAGUCGCUGGAUCUUGCACAAAGGAUAAACAAGGUUUAAGUUAUUGCUUCUGAAACUUACAAUUUUGUUGCUCGUAGGUUCAGAAACUUAUGAUUUUGUUGGACGCUCGUACUAAGUUUCAAAGCUGAAAGUUAAACUUAUGAUUUUGUCGGACGAUUUUGUCGGUUGCUCCUACUAAGUUUCAAAAGUUAAAACUUAGCGAAAUUUUGAAAUUCAUCAAAACGUAUUCAAAAUGAAUGUUAUUUGAAAGCCCUCGUCACCAGAAACUUGAAUAUGCAAACCAAACUUAAUUUAGAAUUUUGAUUCAAAAGAUAUAGAAGAUUGAAAAUCAAAAGCAAAAGUGAUAAGGGGGUUGGUUGUUUGCCCCACCCCUACAUGGUACAAAUCCUUCCAUGUAGCUUCUAUCUAUUCUAAAAUUCAGUGUGAUACAGUAGAAUUUGAUAUAUUCAAUCUCUCUCUCUCUCUCUCUCACACACACACACGCGCGCGCGCGCCAUAUGCGACAAAUUUGAUGCAGCAGUAUUCUGACGGGAUAUCAUCCUUUGCACAUGAUCGUGUCCAUAGCAAUGGUAGAUGAGCAGUCUGUAUCUAAUUAACAUCACAAGCAAACGUACAGUCCCUUUCUCUCUCAUUUUCAUGGCUAUAGCUAGGGCGGACGAGCAGUCCGUCUCUAACAUCACGCACAAGUCAGAAGCAAAAAGGCGUUUUGCUUCGUGGACCAAGCUGGUGUUUUUUGUUUUGAGAAUUGCACAGGUUAAUUUUAGGUGUGAGAAUCGUACUAAACUGGCAUGCUCAUCUUAUCAUUUUCAGCAUAGGAAUAUGAGGCAUAGUGCUUGAUUAGAUUUUCUUGUUUAUCUCAAAAAAGAAAAGAUUAGAUUUUUCUUGUUAUAUGUCUGUAGAUGACCUACAAAUAACAACCUUCCUGUUUACCUCCUCAUACAUACUCACAAGUGCAUAGGCAUGGCCAGCUCGUCAGCGUUGGAGUUCACCGUGAGGAGGAAACUUGCGGUGCUUGUGCCGCCCGCGGCCCCUACGCCGCGGGAGCUGAAGAGGCUCUCCGACAUCGACGACCAGGACGGGCUUCGCUUUCAGGUCCCCAUCAUCCACUUCUUUCGGCAGCAUGACGGCCGGGACGACGACCCUGCGCCUGUACUACGCGGCGCCAUAGCGGCGGUGCUCGUGCACUACUACCCGUUCGCGGGGCGGCUGAGGGAGCUCGAGGGCCGCAAGCUCGCCGUCGACUGCACCGGCGAGGGCGUGCUGUUCGUCGAGGCUGAUGCCGACGUCUGCCUCGACCAGUUUGAUGCGGCCCUGGGGCCGCCCUUCCCGUGCCUCGACGAGCUCCUAUUCGACGUCCCCGGCUCCUGCGGUAUCCUCGACUGCCCGCUCCUCCUUUUUCAGGUGACACGGCUCGCUUGCGGAGGCUUCGUCAUGGCUGUGAGGGUACAGCACACGAUGGCAGAUGCGGCGGGGAUGGUGCAGCUCCUGGGUGCUAUCGCGGAGCUGGCUCGGGGUGCGCCGGCGCCAACAGUGCAGCCGGUGUGGGGGCGCGAGCUGCUGCAGGCGCCGCUGCUGAACGAUGUACUACUCCCACCGCGCUUUGCGCACCGUGAGUACGAUGAUGUGAUGGACAUGAAUGACGCCAUCGUGCCCUUUGAAUUCAUGGUGCACCACUCCUUCUUCAUUGGAUGGGGGGAGAUCUCUGCCAUCCGAUCCCACCUCCCGUCGGCUCUCAGCCGCGAAGCUACCAACUUCGAGGUCAUCACGGGGUGCCUGUGGAGGUGCCGCACGACAGCUCUGGCCCCCCAUGCCGACGAGGAAAUGAGGAUGAUCUGUACCGUCAACAUCCGUGGCAAAAAAGACACUAUCAUCCCCGUCGGCUACUAUGGCAACGCCUUCGCUUCCCCGGUCGCCAUUUCCACGGCCGGUGACUUGCUCGCCAACCCUGUGAGCUAUGCCGUGGAGCUGGUGAUGAAGGCGAAGCGGGAGGUGGAUGUGGAGUACAUCCUCUCCGUGGCAGCGCUCAUGGCACAACGCGGGCGGCCACACUUUGCGGUGGCACACACCUACCUCGUGUCGGACGUGAGCAAGGUUGGAAUCCGCGACCUUGACUUCGGCUGGGGCAAGCCGGUGUAUGCCGGUCCGGCGAAGGGCGGAGUCGUCGACAUACCAGGCGUCGCCAGCUUCUUCAUUGCUGUAAGGAAUGCCAUGGGCGAGGAGGGUAUCUCAGUCCCCGUGUGCAUGCCUGGCCCCACCAUGGACAAGUUCGUUAACGAGAUGGGCAAGCUCAUGCGCCCGGCAUCGGCUGACACGUUUUCCAAGAUGUGAUCUGCAAUCUGAGUUUGAAUCA